AUGGCCGACCGCAAGGGGGCCUACAGCGGCGCCCCCGCCAGCGACACCUCAUUCCGCAAAACCUGGGACCGCGAAGAAUACGCCCAGAAAGCGCUAGAUCGCGAACAACGCAUCAAAGACGAAGGAAAAGCCAAAUACGAAGCCGCAGCCGCGGGAAAGAAAUACCAUCGCAGGGCGUCCACACCACCAGAUGCUCGCGACACGGAAGCACGAAGGUCGCGUCUAGAUGUCUCUGCACAGAUCGGCAAGACCAUGUUAGUGCCUGCCGGCUCAGCAGUUGGCAAAAGAGGCAAAGGCGCAGGUUUCUACUGUGAUGCCUGUGACCUAACCUUCAAAGACAAUUUACAAUUCGUGGAGCAUUUGAACAGUAAACAGCAUUUGUACGCCACGGGACAAAGCGGCGAGGUCAAAAGAGCAACACUGGAAGAUGUGGUGGAAAGACUGGAAUGGUUGAAGAGGAAAAGGGAAGACGAGAAGGCGAAAGAGACUGUGGAUUUGGGGACGAGGUUGGAAGUUGCCAAGGAAGAGGAAGAGAAGUUGAGGGAAGAGAAGAGGAGGAGGAGGAAUGAGAAGAGGAGGAAGAAUAAGGGUGGGGAUGGGGAGAUGGAGGUUAAGGUGGAGGUUGAGAAUGAUGGGGUCAUUUGUUGA